UUUUUCUGUUUAUUUGGUACGUAAGCAUAUGCGGCUUGCCGUAAUAUUUGGCGCCGUAAGUUUUAGAUCAGUUUCAGGUGUAGAAGAUACCAAAUUACAUUUCCAUACCUGAUUAAACAAGGUUAAAAAAAAAAUUCACUAUCCUUUUUGAGGUCUUAGUAUUUGUUAAAUAAUAAUUCUAACGCCCUAAAUCUUCCCUAAAUUUAUGCUUGUUGAUUGUACCCUAAUACAGUUAUCGCUAAUAAAUGUUAAUAGUCUAGUAAAUGCUUGUUGUGUGAGAUCUAAAUACAAAGUCCUUUUCUAGCGUAAGCUAGAUAGAGCUAACUAUAUUAGCUAGAGAUAGCUUUCAAAGUGUGUAUAAAGUUUUUGAUUCUUUCUAAAGUUUUUGAUUCUUGUUUUUUAAAAGUCGGUAUGGUAACUUGAUAGUUAUCUUAUUCAUCACUAUGCAAUAAUACCUACAGUCACAGACUAGUUUUUAAAAUGACUUCAGGCAGUCCAUGAGACCUUGCGCUUUUUGAAGUUUGUUUUAAUCGCUUAUUUAUUUACUCAAAUAAAUUACAUAAUAUUAUUUAAUAUACAUAAUUUUCGCCAAACAGCAUGAAAGUUUGUAAGCGAACGGCAGCGCUCGACAUACUUCCUUAUUAUCUACUGUGUAAGUAAGGUGUAGGUACUAUUGCAACACACUUAGCUGACCAUUAUAGACAACGAGUCGUUAUAUACUUAUAAAUUGUAUUUUAAAAUCACCAUUUCCAACAAUGUCCAUACGUUUACAGUAGUGUUACAAGUAAGUAUUCUUGUAAGCUAUGUAAAAUUACAUAGGAAUUAUUAUUGGGAUUUGUUAUAAAUUCAACUCUAAGUAAAAAGUAAAAAUCAUAAAAGGUUGUUAAUUAUUUUAUGUAGAUACGACGCGCAAACAAAAACUCAACAAACCAAUGGUAAACAACUAAUUUCAUCCCCAGGUACCAGGCAAGCAUAAACAUGAAGCAUCUACUCCUCCUCGUGCUAACGGUGGUGGCGACCUGUUGUGCCCAGCAACAGUACUACAACCGCUACGACAACGUCAACGCCGACUCCAUCGUUCAAAACGAACGAGUGCUGCUUGCGUACUACAAGUGUGUUAUGGACAAAGGGCCUUGCACUAAGGAUGGAAGGAACUUCAAAAGAGUGCUCCCCGAGACGCUGUCUACUGCGUGCGGGCGCUGCUCGCCAAAACAGAAGGUGAUCGUGCGCACGCUGCUCCUCGGCAUCAGAGCCAAGAGCGAGCCGCGCUUCAACGAUCUGCUGGACAAGUACGACCCUGACCGCUCCAACCGGGACGACCUUUACAAGUUCCUGGUCACUGGCAACUAGAGAUAAUAGCAGUAAAUGCUAAUUCUGGUAAAGAACUGGUAAAUUCUAAAGUAAUAGGGACCGCUUAUAAAAUACAUCAAUUAAGGGGUGUUGUUCAAUAAAAGUCAGCUGUUGCUGAUACUUUUCUUGCCUCCAGUAAAAAUGUUUUACUAAUCAAAUUGAAUUGAGGCCAGAAUCAAUAUGUAUAUUCUCAAGCUUUACGCAUUCAUUUGGAAUGCCCCAACGGAACUCGGCACAAGUUGAUUUUAAUCUUGUAUCAUGGUGACAUCGUUAGUGGUGACGUUGAAGUGUAGGUACUAUCCAUGGUCUCAUUUUAUGCAAAAUUUUACGGAUAUCGGCCAUUCAAUCGUGAAAGUGUUACAAACAAAGUUACUUUCAUGUUUUUGUUCAAGCUGUUUUGGUGCUAAUAAUUUAACGGUAUUUUAUAUUUGAAUAUCCGUUAAUUCAUAGGAACAUAGUAUUACAUGUUAUUUUAAUAUUUUUUAAACCGAGUAACAGUAUUUGUAUUAAGUUGUGAUUUGCUAUUCUUUUCAUAAAGGUUAAAACAAACAUUAAUUUUAUACAUUAGGUACAUACAUGUCAUGACAAACAUUUUUAUCUAAAAAAGUAUACGGAAUUAGAUGAGUUAUUGUAUGUUCUAAGCUCUUAAGUAGUCUAAAAUUAUGCUUGUGGAUAAUUAUUUCUAAACAAUCGAAUUAAAAACAGUAUUCAUGGUGAUAAUAAAAGUUACUGCGAGUAAGAUAUAUAGGUACAGUCAAUACAUUAAAUAUUGACAUAGACAAAAUGCCGAAAAUAUGUUGUCCAUAUCUUAAGGUAGUGUGUACAUAUUUUAGGCACUUUGUCUGUAUCGAUAUUUAUUACCCUGUCUGUUCAUCCUACUAAUUAGCUACAUGCUUGAAUUUUUUAGAAGAUAUCAAUCGAUUUUACCUACUUCCCGUGAGAUUGAAAAUGUUCCUGAUAAACUUGCUAUCUAAUAUUGUACCACAGAAACUUCCAAAUUGAGAAAGUAGUUUAAUGUAAUGUUAUUUGACCAGGUAUCAUUCAUAUAUUAUGUGUAGGUGUUAUUAUCAUCUACGAGUAUUUAAUAAAACUUCAUAAAAAAAUGUAUUUAUAAUGCUUACGCAUUAUUCUAUGAUUGUAUAGCUCAGAGUUGUGCAUUUAAUAGUAUUUUAAGGCAUAAUUUAUUUAUGUUAUAGAAAUAGGCUGUAAGUUUAGAUUUUAUAUUACAUUAAAAAUAAAUGAUUUAAAAUCAUGAAUGUGUUUAAAUACCUAAAUAAUUUGUAUUAAAACUAUUACGUUUAUAAAUACAAUUAACUAUCUGCGAUACCAGUACCCCUAGUGUAAAUUUGAUCGACAUCAUAACGUGACGAACGCGUUUGCGUUAAGUCUCAUUUUGUAUAGGAUUUUGAGUUUCCAAAACGUUCCGCUUGGCGCGCUCUUUCUAAAUCCAAUACAAAAUGAGACUAAACGCAAACGCGUACGUCACGUUUCGAAAUCGAAUCUAUUUACACUAGGGGUACUGAACGCCUUUUAAAGAAGAAAAAGUCCUACUUGACAAUUCAAAAUUCAAGAUUUAUCGAUCGAUACCUCCAAAAAUAUUACAAGCCAAAAUGAAAAUCGUUUGCGGUACGUUUGCGAUAACGAAACGCUUUGUGUCUCUCGAUUUAUCUUCCAUAACCAGUGAGCCUACCGCGAACCACGUUCGACGUGUUACCUCUCUGUCACACUUAUAAAUUCGUACGUAAGUGUAACAGGGAGGCAACACGUCGAACGUAGUGCUCGGUAAGCCCUCAGGAGCUUCUACGUCGGCACGCGUUGUCGGCCUCGUUUAAACAUAUUUACCAUAUAUGGCUCACGAAGUUUUACUAUUAAAAUUAUUUGGAGGAAAAUUGUUCUAACUUAAAUUCAAUUAAUAAUGCAUCAAUAGCUCCUUGUCCUACACAUAGCAUACUGCGUACUUAAGUAUUAAGUACAUAUUUACUACUCAUAACACAUAAUGCGGUAAAGGAACCGUCGUAUACUUACGUGCAUUAAAAUUACAUACACGAUCCGAACAUAAUAAUUGUUGGGUUGUUUGCUUAAUGCCCAUUUAUGUACAAUGACAACAGGCCUUAUAAAUAGUGGAUGUGUUACUGCUUCAUACAGUCUUCGUGGAUCAACUAGGUGUUUAAGUUUUAUCUUGAUAUCCAACCUUAGCGGCUAGUGUUUAGUUUGUUUUAUAGGAUGCUUAUAUCGGAUCUUUAGAAGAAGUGAUCCCCGAAGCCCUAGAGACCAUAUGCGGCAAAUGCACGCCAAAACAAAAGCAACUGAUAAGGCAAGUCAUCAGGGCCAUCAUGGAUCGCCACCCGGAGUCCUGGAAGGCGCUUACCGGAAAGUUUGAUCCGGACAACAAACACAAGGAAGAC